AUGUCCGCAGACACGCACCGCAGCGCAGCCAUGGCCUCGCGCAACACCGACGCAGCCUACUGGCAUCACAAACUGUACAAAGGACCCGAAGGCGACACACCCAAGGUGCUGUAUUGCAGCAAGUUUGAGGUCAGCGAGAAGCGAGCACAGCUUUUCCUCAACGAGCCGAUCCUCGGUUUCGACAUUGAAUGGGAACCAGGCGCCAAUGAGAAGUCUGGCCCGAAGAAGAAUGUUUCGUUGAUUCAACUGGCCGCUGGCGACAAGAUUGGUCUGUUCCAUGUUGCCUACUUCGAUGGGAAGAGUGUCGAGCAACUCAUGCCGCCAACCCUGCGGAAGAUUCUCGAGGACCCGAAUGUCACCAAGGCCGGGGUGAACAUUGGAGGCGAUGCAACUCGAAUGCGCAAGUGGCUCGAUGUUGACAUGAAGGGCGUCUUCGAGCUGAGCCAUCUCUUUCGCAUCGUCAAGCACGAAGGUGGUGUCAACUUCAAACCGGUGUCCAUGGCCAAGCAAGUACAGACCAUCCUCCAUUUGCCAAUCAAGAAAGACGACGUUCGGAUGAGUGACUGGUCGAGACCUUUGAAUGUGGAACAAACCCACUACGCCGCUGCGGACGCAUACGCCGGAUUUAUGCUAUAUCACACACUGGACAACGAGCGUAAGCUGAUGAAACCAAAGCCACCGCUCCCAGCGUUCUAUGAAACAGGCGGACCACUGGUGCUGGGGACUGGAGAAAUGAUACACAAAGGUGGAAAGCGCACAGCUGGGCCGGUGGUGACCGUUGAUGCUUCCGCAGCAGGUGAGAUUGAGCAAGAGGGCGAGGAAUUCUACGAUGCUCUUGACGCUCUUGACCAUCUCGAUCUCAACUCGGGGAUCGCUUUCGCUCCGUCCAAAAGGGAGAAAGCUACAGCCGCGCCACUUCCAAAAUCCACGCCAGCUAAGAAUAAUCCACUGCCAUGCCCGGAAAACCAAAGAGCGGACACCUGGAUCCGCACCCGUCGCGCCGAAUCAGCUGCGGACCUGAAGAGACCUGCCAGCGACUCUGUGAUGCGCGCCUACCAUCUCUGGCAUGUGCAGCAUUUCGAGCUGAACGAAGUCGCGCGUUUCUGUCGAGAUCCACCCUUGACGAUGAAUACCGUUGCGAGCUAUGUCAUGGACGCGAUCGAGAAGGAGAAUCUGCCGUUCGAGCAGGACAGAUUGAAGCAGGCGGCAAGCGUGCUGCCGACGGCCGUGCAGAGGAGGUAUAGACAUUUGUUGAGAGAUGUGUAA